CUGCUCGUUCGUUGCAAAUUGUUUAAAUAAAAAACUUAAAUACACAAGCAGCGAGACGAUUGCGCUCAGUGGAACGCCGGCUGCUCGAAAAGAGAGUUCCAUAUAAGCGCACGAAAUCCGAAAAGUGUACCGCGUGCAUUUUAAGACUGGCCAGCGUAUAAAACAACACAAAUAAAAAAAACCCGCCAACAGUCACACACACAAAGACCCACAUAUACAUAUACACAGAGUCUAUCCCUUACUCAGAAAGUACACACCGGCAGCACAAUGAUCAACAUGGACAUCAGCGUUACGCCCAACUAUUCGUAUAUCUUUGAUUUCGAGAACGAUUUCAUACACCAGCGCACACGCAAAUGGAUGCUGGAGAACUGGACAUGGGUCUUCUACUACUGCGGCAUUUAUAUGCUCGUCAUAUUUGGGGGUCAGCAUUUUAUGCAAAAUCGACCGAGAUUUCAACUGCGUGGCCCACUGAUCAUAUGGAACACCUUGUUAGCCAUGUUCAGCAUAAUGGGCGCUGCACGCACUGCGCCGGAACUGUUGCACGUCCUACGACAUUAUGGACUAUUCCAUUCGGUCUGUGUGCCCAGUUACAUUGAGCAAGACCGUGUGUGCGGCUUCUGGACCUGGUUAUUUGUGCUGAGCAAACUGCCGGAAUUGGGCGAUACGAUAUUCAUCGUAUUGCGUAAACAGCCAUUGAUCUUCCUGCACUGGUAUCAUCACAUCACUGUGCUCAUCUACUCGUGGUUCAGCUACACCGAAUACACUAGUUCCGCCCGCUGGUUCAUUGUGAUGAACUACUGUGUGCACUCCGUGAUGUACAGCUACUAUGCGCUCAAAGCGGCUCGCUUCAAUCCCCCACGCUUCAUCUCAAUGAUCAUCACGUCGCUGCAGCUGACACAAAUGAUCAUCGGCUGUGCGAUUAAUGUGUGGGCGAAUGGAUUCCUGAAGACGCACGGCACGCAAUCGUGCAAUAUAUCGCAGCGCAACAUCAAUCUAUCGAUUGCCAUGUACUUCAGCUACUUUGUGCUGUUCGCACGCUUCUUCUACAAGGCCUACCUGUCGCCCGGUGGUCACAAGAGUCGCCGCAUGGCCGCCUCGUUGGUGGCACAGAAUACGGCCAAAUUGUCGAGCCCCAUUUCCACAGCUGAUGCGAACGUCAUAUCUAGCAAAUAUGUUGGCGAGGAUGCACAGGCUGCCUAUAUACGCAAGGCGAAGGCACAGUAGAGCCUAACUUUAAUGUAGCAUGCGCCCCUCUUCCUCUCGCAAAAAGGCUAAGGACGUUUGAUUUAUACUUUAGCGGGAUGUAAAAGUUGUUUUUUAAGUUUUAAACCCAGGCAAAACUCUACACACACACAGAUACUGGCGCACAUAUGAGGGGCGUUUGAUCAACUUUAAUUAUAAGUUUAGAGUUUUACCAGGCUAAACUGGCUUACACACACCCAUCUAUAUAUAUUUAUUUAUAUAUAUAAAAUGUCAUGUACAUAUUGAAAUUGAAAAUUUGAAGCCAAGUCGAGUCAGUUAGGUGAUUUUUGUAAAAAGUUAGCUAUGGAACGGAUGAACUUUUAUCAGUCCAUAAAGCAAAGAGUCAGCGAUAUAUGUAUAUAGAUGCUAUACAUAUACUAUAUCUGUAUAAUCAGCCCCGAGCCGUGUGCUGUUUAAGCCUAAAGUUCUUAAUACUUCGAGUAUAGUUUUCCAAUUUGUUUUCUUGU